AUGGAUCAAGUUCUUGAAUCAAUCUCUAAAGGAGAUGAAAUAAUAGACAAUUUGAAUGAAUUGGGGACUUUACUUCGAGAAGAAACAAAUAGAGCCGACCAUUUGGUGUUAGAAUUCAUUCCAACGGUUUUACUGUUGUAUAAAGAAGAUCAACAAGUAAAUAAUGAGGUAAUCAGAGUAUUAGUUAAUUUCACUGCUGAUAAUGAUGCAAAUAGAUGUGAAUUGUUGAAAUAUGAUGAAUUUUGGAAGGGUUUGGAUUAUAGUAAUGAUAGAGUUAAGAUAUUAUUGAAUCAAUUCAUACUUAAUAGUGAGAAAACUAAAGAUUUCAUGGAUUUUUUCCAUAAUUUGGAUAUUUAUAAGUAUUUGAAGAAUUUCGAAGAACUUUGGGAAUUUUUAUCAGAGCUAAUCAUCCCCGAGAGAUUGGAUGAUACUUUGAAGUACCAUGCUACUGGUAUAAUUGAUGAAAUAAUCAAGGGAUUUGUAGAUUUGGAUGACGAAGACCAAGAAUUUGCAUCUUUAGUUUUAUGUAAUAUAACUCAAUUCAAUGAUUUAUCCAGUCACCAAAUUCAAAAGAUCUAUCCAUUAUUUGCAUUCACCGAACAAUCAAGACCCAACAGGUACUUGUUCUCAACCAUCGGUAACUUAUCAUCAAUGGAUAAUUUUGAUGACUUCCAUGAAGUUAAGUAUGCUAUUGAACAUUAUCAGGACACCACAAAUCUUUACUUGAAAUCAUCAUUCUUCAUGGUAGUAGGGAACUAUAUAACAUCAAAAGAAAAGCAAGCUCAAGUCUUAAACUAUUCCUUGGUUGAAGAUUAUUUCAAGAGCAAUUUCAAUGAUGUAGUACAAUACCAAUCUAUUCAUAUGAUCAAAAAUCUUCUUACCGAAGACAAUGCUCAUGUUGUUAUUAAUGAAGGGAAUUUGUUGAAUUACUGUAAAGUGUUGAAGGAUAACAAAUCAUAUUACCCCGAAAUAUAUCAAGUUUUCAUUACGUUUUUAAAGAAAUUAGCUACCUUCACCAAUGACAGCACGUUGGAGAUAUGGAAUAUUAUAGACGAUGAGGACAUAUGGACAAAAUUAGCUGUCAAUGCUACAGGUGACGUCAACGAGAAAGUUAUCAUUUCUUCAUUUAAGGUGCCUUUAGAAUCACAUAAACUUUUGGAUAAUUUAAAAAGUAUGGCGAUUUUACUCAAUAAUAAGGUUGUGAAUAAUAAUAAUAUCGAUAAGUAUAGAUCUCAGAUCAUUGAAGAGUUGGGAAAACUAAUAGAAUUGUUAAUUAACUCGGAGAGAAACAACCAGUUCAAGGUUCUUUCAAACAAUUCUAAGUUCGUUGCUGUCAGUUUGAUGAAACUCGAAGAUGAAGAUAUUAAUGUUGUAUGUAAGAAAAUAAUAGCUACUCAAUAG